AUGCCGCUACGAACGGUCGCGCUGGGGGCUGCCCUGACGCCCACCGUGGUAGCAGCCUGUUUCUCCCAUUACAUCCAUCGAAAAGAACGGCAUAAAAAACCCACGGUUCAUCUCUCCUACGACGAAAGCCUCCACAUCAUCCGCGCCUUUCUCCGCUACGUAUCCAAGUACCCCGUCGAAGACCUCCAGGCCUUCAGCAGCCAAUGGGUCCCCAGUCCGCACUGGGUGAAGACAGACCCCGUCACGAUCGCCGUUGAGCAUCUCGAGUCCGCCGCAAAGGCGAUAAAUGACCAACUCGGGGAGCGAGGCAUUGCUCGGGUGGGUGGACAGGGAUGGUGGCAGUGGCGCGGGCCCGCGGGGGAGCUGAAGGGCGAAUGGAUCGAGAUGCGAGCGCAUUACCAUGAGCGUAUGGAGAGAGGCGACGAGCGAGGGAACCGCGUCAUGCUGUAUAUCCAUGGCGGAGCGUAUUUCUUUGGCUCCGUCGAGACUCAUCGCUAUCAGCUGCAGAGGCAUGCGAGGAAGCUCAGAGGGCGCGUUUUUGCACGGUAUAAAGACCAUACUGAUGUAGUAGCGGAAUAUCGACUCUCGCCUCAGUUUCCCUUCCCCUGCAGCCUGCAAGACUGUUUGGCGGCGUAUCUCUUCCUCCUGACAACGCACGAACCAAAGGAAAUCAUCUUCGCAGGUGACUCGGCAGGGGGUGGAUUAGUUUUGUCUAUGCUUGUUAUAAUCCGCGACCAAGGGUUGCCUCUACCCGCCGGAGCCAUCCUGAUCUCGCCAUGGGUCGAUCUCACUCACUCGUUCCCCAGCAUUGUGAAAGACAAUCCAUUGGACUAUAUCCCCCCAUACGGGUUCCGCCACAGGCCGUCCGAAGCCUGGCCGCCUCCAAAUGCAGACGAGAUCCUCGAGCUCAGAAGGAGCGCUACCGAACACAAAGCAAUGGAAGCAAAAGAAAUCCAGGAUGUUGCGGUGCCCAAGGAGAAAUCCAAAGCCGCAGAGACGGCCGCACGGGGCUACACGGUUCAUCACCAGGGCGUGAUGGAUGAGGAGCAGCAGCACCGACGCCCUAUUGCGGCCCCGUCGCACAAUUCGCCCACCGCGAACGUCAUCGCGGAUAAUCUCAAGGUUGUGAUCGAUGGUGAGACGGUGGAGAUCAAGGACCAGAUCCAGAUGUACGCGACGAACCAGUUGAUGUCCCAUCCGCUGGUCUCGCCGGUCCUCCAGCCCUCGCUCGGGGGACUCCCACCCUUGCAGGUCCUCAGCGGCAGCGGCGAGAUGCUACGAGACGAACAGUUCUACCUCGCCCACAAGGCGGCCAACCCCACUGCCUACCCACCGAGCGACGCCUAUCUAGACGAGAACGACCCGGACCGCGAGAUCUUGCACAAAUAUGGCCCCACGUACGUCCAGCUCCAGGUCUGGGACGACCUGUGCCACGUUGCCCCGACGCUCAGUUUCACCCGCCCGGCCAAGUACAUGUACCGCUCAAUCGCGCAGUUUGGGGCAUGGGCUUUGGCCCGCGCUCAGGACUCCGCCAUCGACAUCAUGGACGACGACGACAUCUCCGAGAUCUCGGACAGCGGGCCGGACUCGCCGGGCCCGUCCUCCUCGUCAACGGAAAUUCUGCCCAGACGCCUUUCUUUCAAGCCCGGCGCCCCCGUGGGAAGGGCCGGCGACCCCCUCCCCGCGUUCCAGAACCACAUGGUCCGGCAACGGGUCGACAAGAACGGCCACGUUUACCCUUUGCCGGUGCCCUCGUCGUGUCCUGUCCUGCAGAUCCCGCCAUCCCAAAUCGGCACCAUCAACCCGCUGCUUGUGAAGAAAUGGCUGGCUGCGAAAACCGAAUGGGACGAGAGGUAUGCCCACGACAAGCUCCGCGUACAGCGCCAUCGCCUGCGCGAACUCGAGCGCGGUCUGGAGGAGUUUGAAGGCGAACAGCCACCGCCCAGCGCGCUGGCCGCGCGCCGCGCCGCACCAGGCGUGCUCCCCAAGAUGCGUGGCAAGAAGAACUACGGCAUGAUGCUAUGGACCAACUGGGGGAGCAAGCACGACGAGAAAACCAUCGAGCGGGAACGGGCAGCCGAACGGCGGUCCGCGCGGAACAGCGUCGAUUCG